GUACUCGUCACUGAUGUUUUACCCAGUCUUGUCUAUGUUAAGUCUGCGGACCAGCUGCUUUCCAAACCAUUACCCUCUCAGGAGGCCCUCGGGCGCAUGCGUUGUCUCAUCCGUUGCCUUGACUCUGAUUCGACGCAACGACCCGAUAAAUUCCCAACCCUCAAUCUAGACCGCACAACCAGUUGCCUUCUCGGUGACCAGGAUGAUAUGGUUGGCGGCGAUUCUCUCACACCCUUCACGCACAAAGCUGCCAAAGGUAAGUGUUUGCACGUAGUAUGUUAGGAAAGCCGUCUGCAAAGUCGAAUUAAUUUGUGUAUUGUGUCCUGUAGAUCUCCCUCUUUUUCAACUUGAAGAGUGCUCUCAACUGUACCACUGUUGCAUUUGGGACGACAAACUCAGGCGUUUGCGUUUCUUGAGUUUGUCCAGUUCGACCUAGCUCUCAGGACUUGCAUAGUAGUCGUCAACCGUUUCACGCGCGGUUUUUUAUUUUAGUAAAAAGAUAAGAAUUACAGUCGUACUCGUCGGAAUUAAUUUUAAAAUUGGAAGCGACAUUCAUUGCGAGUUCUUACUUGUGCGCAGACGCGUUGCCGUAGUGCGGGAACCAGCCAUUUACCCUCCCCUGGGGCGACUCCUGUUGAAAUCAAGCAAAACUUUCAGCAGACACAUCAGUGCAUUACGCAGACAUCACAGCCAGACCCCCCAGACUCAUCAUCGUUAUACUUCCCUUCUGGGGAAAAAAAUGCAAAUUACAAAUUUUCCGGACGAUUUCUGGCGCCUGAGCUUCUUCGAGAGCGGCCAUCCAACGCUUGACAACUCCAUGUUCUGAGUGGGGGUAGUGCGUGUACAUACAAGUCUCAUCUUCAGUGAUGAGUCAGACGGAUUUGUUAAUUUACUUGUAAUUUUACUUGGUACAUGUGCGUCUGAUCUAGCCGUCAUAGAUUAUUUCGCUCAUCAUACCUUCACGUGAGGUAAUCUACUGCAGCAGAUCUGGAAAGCUCCUCUGAAGAAGGAGACGGAAUACACAAGGUCCAAGAACCACUUCAGGUACUCGACAAACGGGCUCGGUCCAGAUUUUGGGUUUACUUCUUUUUUGAUACCUCCGGGUGGACGACGAAGGCGGGUCGAAGGCAGCAGCAUUUAGGCCAUGAGGCAGACGACGAAGAACGUGUCCAAACAACCUCAGUCUUUCUUGAAUAGCCUGAGAUAUCCUCGCGAUGUUGUUGCAGCGAAUGGGGACUAUCAUUUGAGACAAAGUCGGUGUACUUCAUUCGAAGAACGGUUCUCAGGCAGCGGUGGUCAAACAUGUCCAGUUUCCGCCCAGCCAUCGCAUGCACGGCCUAACAGUCACGACCGUACAUGCAGAAGGACUGAUUGAACGGAUGCGCGGCACACGCCGGUCCUUGUUGAGAUGUCAUGUUGGUUCCUAGACAAAGUCCAAGGACUGAGAAUCCUGCGGGAGGCAUCUAUUUGGGAGGCUAUGCCAUCCUUGCUUUGUCCAUUCGGCAGCAGUAUCGCUCUGAGGUACUAGGCGUACUCUACUUCUUUAAGCUGACUACCGAGCGACGUCCUUUGGUCAGGAAUGCAGACUGAGAACACUUAUCUUUCCAGCGUUUAUGG